CUUAGCCAGCUGUUGAGGUGAUUAGUGUUAACAACUUCAAAUAAAUGAGAGAUGGUAGAUCAAAAAACAAACUGAGUCGCGAUUAAGCUGACACUAAUUUACAAAAACUGCGAAAUAAUCUUUUGAAAAAAUAUUCAUCCAAAAUGUUUUUCACACUUGAAAAUUUAAUUUAUGCCACCCUGUCAAUCAUUUUCGCCCCCGGGUUUCUACUCUACCUUCUUGUUAUCCUUAUGGCCGCGUUUGGAAAAUCAUCUGGCAUCACAAAGCUUUACACUAAAAUUAUGAUACUGAUUUUUGAGUGGGGCAAGCACAGAAUAGAGAUCCACAACAAAGCAUUGGAAAAUAAUAAUAAAAGCAGUAACAAUGAUCAGGGUAACGAUGAUCAGGUAUGUGAUGAUGAGAAUCAGGAUGUAGCCCCGGCCUAUCGACAUCCGAAGAUCGAGUUUAGGAGAUCGAUAGAAGAUUUACAUGGGGCAUUUACGCUGGCCGACAUUAUGUAUUUCUGCAGAAGUGGUAUUAAAGUUAUUGUCGAUGAUGAGGUCACUCAAAGAUUCGAUGCUGCUGAACUCCCUUCGUGGAACUUGCUUACAAGAACCAACAACCAUUACGAAUUCAUUAGCUGGCGACUUUCUAUACUAUGGGGUCUGGGAUGUAUCUUGAGAUUGGGCAUACUGUUUCCGUUUCGGUUGAUACUAGCCCUCAUCUCUCUUACUUGCUUCUUCGUUGGAACUGCUCUGAUUGGCAGGAUUCAAGAUGAAAAGUCGAGGAGGAAAUACUAUUGUUGGCUGUCGUUGGCUAUUUUUAGAAUGAUGUCAAGGUCGUUCUCCUCCGUCAUCACUUAUCAUAACAGAGAGAACAGAGCAAAGGGCGGAGGAAUAUGUGUGGCUAAUCACACGUCACCAAUCGACAUCAUUAUCCUUGGAUGUGAUAACUGCUAUGCUAUGGUCGGCCAGAUUCAGGGCGGUUUAUUUGGGUCAGUUCAGAAUGCAAUGUCCAAAGCUGAACAUCAGGUUUGGUUCCAACGUACAGAGAUGAAGGAUAGGCUGUCUGUCACAAAGAGGUUAAAAGAUCACGUUGAAGAUAAAUCUCUCUUACCGAUACUUAUCUUCCCAGAAGGCACCUGUAUUAACAACACGUCCAUAAUGAUGUUCAAGAAGGGGAGUUUUGAAGUUGGCGGGACCAUCUAUCCUGUGGCUAUUAAAUACGACUCGAGGUUCGCGGACCCGUUCUGGAACAGCAGUAAGGAGACCCUGACCCGCCACCUACUCAACAUCCUCACCUCUUGGGCUCUCGUAGCAGACGUCUGGUACCUGCCACCACAGACGCAACAGCCAGGAGAAACAGCUAUAGAGUUUACGAACAGGGUAAAAUCGCUGAUUGCCAAACAAGGUGGAUUGGUUGAUCUUGAUUGGGAUGGGCAAUUGAAACGCGAGAAACCGAAGCCUGCUCUGAUGAAGAAGAAGCAAGAGGAAUACAGUCGGAGGCUUCUUAAUAUGGAAUGAUUGAUGGAUUGUGGACACACAAACACAUAUGUAUGUGUGUGUGCGUGUGUGUACAUGACUAACGUAUUAAUUUGAAGCACCGUUCAUUAACACGAUUGGAUUGGGUGAAUGUUAACGUUUUGGUUAUGCGACUGAUUGUCGUAAUUAUUAUUAUUAUCAUUGUUAUUAUAAUUAUUAUGAUUUUUUUGACAGAAUUCAUUUCUACAAAUCUUUUUUUUUUCAAGUGUUUUUUUUUCAAAUUUUGUUAAGAAAUGUUUACUUGUAACAAUGUAAUGUAAUGUAGUGUGAUGAUGACAAUAUUAAAAAUGUUUUUUAAUGUGUUAUUAUAUUAUUAUUAUUGUUAUAUUAUUAUUUGUAAUUAUGAUUGUUAUUGUUAUUAUUAUUUAAUUUAUUCAUUUAAUUCUUCAUUUAUAUUGUACAAUCUCUUCAGAAGGAAUUUGUAUCUAAAUGUAGCAAAGUAUUUUAGACAUUAACAUCGUAUCAUUAUUAUCUUAUAAGAUAUAGCUUUGAGAAUUAAUUAAGAGUGGAUUAACGGUAUUAAUAAUAUAUAAUUAUAUUAUUAAUUAAUAAUUGAUAAUAUCUGGGUAAGAAGUGUGCCAUGUUCUUCAAAGUUCCGCACAGACUCGCGCUAGAACCUGGUCACAGCCAUCAACGACAACGACAUUCGCGCACUCUUACCGUCUGAGCUAUCAGGGUAAAUAGGGUUUAAUGAGAAUUUUAUUUUCUGCUACCUUGAUUGUUCGUAGUCAUCUUUCUGGACGUUAAGAUCUAUUUUUGGAAAGAUGUUUUCAUCUAGAAUUUCCUUGGAGAUUUCGCAAAAAAGCAUUUCCUCCCAAACUGAUAUUGGGCAGACUUUUGGCCUGAUCUGAAAAAGUUAUUAUUAUUGUUAAUAUUAUUUGUAUUAUUAUUAUUAUUAUUAUUAUUACUAACAACUAAUCGAUGGAAAUCUGGCGAGAGUAUAGUCUGCUCUUUCAGUUUCUUCCACACGAUGGUCUGUAUGUGAUUAUCAUUAUUACGUUCACAAUUAUUAUAAAAUUACACCAGGCAUGUUUUCAUAAUUGUGUUUCUUUGUCUAAUUUUUUCAAUUUAUCUUAGCUAAAAAACUACGCCAGUUUAUAUUUUAUAGUUUUGUCAGCUCCAAAGUAGAGGUGAGCAUGGGAAUAGGAAUCCCAUGGUUUUACCAAUUCCCAUGGGAAUUCCAAGGCGGGCAUCACGGGGAUUUUCGGAAUGCUGUCAUAAAUGGGAAUUCUGAAAGGAUCGGGAAUGAAAAAAAUGGGAAGGAAUUUGGAACAAAUUUCAAUUCCCGCCCACCUCUACACCAAAGCAAACAUACACCUAUACGUACACACGUGCAUACAUACAUACAUGCACAACAUACAUACAUACACAUAUUAUGUAUAUACAUGCGUGUUUUUGAUUAAUUUCAAUAUAUAUAUAUUGCAGUUUAUCAAUGUGCGAAAAUAAAAUCAUUUUUCUCAAUG